AUGUCACCAGCACAAUUACCAUCAGGUGUUCCAACGUGUUUUUUACCUCAUCAUUGUGUGCUAAAAAAUGAAAGUACAACUACAAAAUUACGUGUGGUUUUCGAUGGGUCAGCUAAAACAUCCACCGGAUUUUCUCUUAAUGAUCUGCUGAUGUCUGGACCUACAAUUCAAUCCACACUCUUUGAAUUAAUUAUUCGAUUCCGAUAUUUUAAAAUUGCUCUUUGUGGAGAUAUCUGUAAAAUGUAUCGAUGCAUGCGUGUUACACAUCCCGAUGAAUAUCUUCAGUGCAUUUUGUGGAGAAGUAAUCUCGAUGAUGACGUAAAGGUAAUCAAAUUGGACACUGUGACAUAUGGAACAAGGCUAGCUGCAUUUUUAGCUAUUCGAGCAAUGCAUCAGCUGGCUCGCGAUGAAGAGAAAUCAUACCCAUUGGGUUCUAAAAUCGUUCUCAGAGAUUUUUAUGUAGAUGAUUUAAUGUCAGGCGGCGACACCGUGGAUGAAGUAAUCAACAUUAGAAGGCAAACUACUGAAUUAUUAAAAAAGGGUGGUUUCCAGAUCAGAAAAUGGUGUUCCAAUAAUCCAAGAGUAUUGUGUGGUAUCGCUGACUCCGAACAUGUACAAUUAUUGAAAUUUAAAGAUGGUUCUGAUAUCACUAAAGCAUUAGGUUUAGUAUGGGAUCCAAACCACGAAAAUUUUUUAUUUUCAUUUACUCCAGUGGUAAGUAGUCAGCAAAUCAACAAACGUACUGUUCUCUCAACUAUAGCCAGUUUUUUUGAUCUAAUCGGAUUAAUUGGACCUAUCAUCACCAAGGCUAAAAUUUUCAUGCAAACCUUAUGGAAACACAAAUUGCAUUGGGAUGAGAGUCUACCACAAGCAUUAUACUCAGCAUGGAUUGAACUUCGCUCUCAAUUUACUAUUAUCAGCAGUUUUAAAUUCCCUCGUUAUGUUUUAAUGCCUAAUUCUAAAGUGCAGAUACAUGGUUUCUGUGAUGCCAGUCUGAACGCUUAUGGUGCAUGUAUAUAUAUCAGGUGUGAGCGCUCGGGUGCAUUUGAUUUGCAUCUACUAUGCUCCAAAUCAAAGGUUGCACCACUAAAGACACUUACAGUUCCCAAGCUAGAACUUUCAGCUGCUCUACUUUUAUCGGAACUCAUUGAUAUGGUCGUCAAAACUAUAAAUUUUACAUGCGAUUUUCAUUGCUGGUCAGACUCAAUGGUGGUAUUAUCUUGGAUACGUGAAUAA